AUGAAUUUAUAGAAUAAGUCUGCUUAAAUAAAUAAUGUUAAGCUAAUAGAGUUUAUUGUCAUUAAUUUCUUUAGGACGGAGAUCACGAUGCUCAUCCAAUAGAUUAAAAGAAUUUGCUUGAAUUAAUUGAUUUGUUUGAAAAUACUGACCAAUAAAGUGAGAAGCUAAUCUCGGUUUUAUGAUAGAAGAGAUUAAGGAAUUAAUUUAUUAGUUAAACUAAGAGCUAAGAACAAAAUAUCAUUAUUCUAAGAAAGGUUGUAAUAAUUAAAUACAAAAUAAUUUAAUUAAGCAUUGGAUUGGAUAAUUCAAUAUGAUGAUAUUAAAAUCAAUUUAAUGAAUCAGCUAGAAGUAGAUUCACAUAAAUUGAUCAAGUAAAUUAAAAUAUAAAUUAAUCAAUUGAAACUAGAUCAAUAAAAAAAGUAAAACAAUCGCAUUAAAAAGGUAUACAAAUCAUUAAUUUAGCAUACAAAUUAUAUGAUGAUGAGGAUGAAUAUGAAGAGGCAAUCAAUGUCUUAGAUGCUGCAUUACUAAUUGAUCAAAAUCAUUUUGAUUCAUUAUAUUUAAAAGGUAGUAAAAUUAUAAGUACAUGCGUUAUCUCGAUGUUUAAUGAAAUUAUUAUGAUAAUAAUUAAAUAUAUAUUGUGUGAAUAAUAACAAAGAUGCUAUUAUAUACGCUGAUAAAGAUUUGUUGAUUGAUUCGCAUGAUUUCGAUUCAUUAACUAUAAAAGGUAUUAAAGCUGUGCUUAAACGCUUUAGCUAAGUGUUUAAAAUGGCUACAUAAUUACAAAGAUGCAAUUAUAUGGACUGAUAAGGCUUUAUCAAUUGAUUCAAAGCAUGACUAUUAAUUACAAACGAAAUGUCAUUCAAAAUUUCUAAAAUAGGUGAUCAUUAUACUGAAUUAAUAUUAGUAAAAAUUACAGGGAUNA